GGAAUUCCAGGAGCUGCAACUAAAAGCAUUUGAGCAAAGUGUCUGUCAAUUCAACCAUAGUCGUUUUUACAGAUAAAAUUAACUUUUGAGGAAAAAUGGCUGAAUAUAACUACAGAAAGUUCGAAAAACUGUGUGAAGACAAAGCAUUGAAGAUGAAGAGCAGCUGCUUUUUCAGUGAAGUUGGCUGCAGGUUCAAGGGAGGGAGAGCAAAACUCCAGGAACACGAAGCUGAAUCUGUUAGACAGCACCUUCACCUUCUCAUGGAGGAACUGACAAAGCUCAACCACAAAGCAUCUCCUGCCAUCUUGCCACCGGAUACGUCAAGAGCUUUAGUGCAGUUGGAGAGAGAAACUGAAAGCCUGCAGAUGAGGGUCAAAGUCCUCCAGAGAGAUCACGGAAUAAGUGAAAUCUGCAGAACACUGAGGGAAUUGUGCAAGCUGACGGAAACUGCAGAAGAGUGUGUGGCAAGUGUGGAGACCAGACUCGCUGCCUUUCAAAACAAGCAGCAUGUUGUGUCACAGAAGAUUGACAAAUGCUCACAGAUGGCAGCCACUCUGCAGAGGCAGACAAGGUGCCAUGACCAACUGCUCACUGGCGUCGAGGACCAGCUGACAGUCCUUCAGUCCAGAAUGCAUCGAACAGACCAAGCUAUACAAGUCAGAACUGCAAAGGUUACAGCACUGGAAUGUAUGACACACUGUGGCGUAUUUAUCUGGAGAAUUCCACAAAUUCAAGAAAGGUUUCAAGAAGCCAUUGAUGGGACAAACCCUUACUUGGAUUCUAGUGAAUUUUAUUUCUCCACAUAUAGUUAUAAGAUGUGCCUACGUAUCUACCUGAAUGGCCAUGAAGACUGGAAGGGAACGCACAUUUCACUCUACUACAUCUUGCUGAAGGGAGACUAUGAUGCCUUGACUCAGUGGCCUUUCAAAGAAAAGGUGAAACUUGCUUUACUAAAUGCAAGAGAUCGACAACAGUCCAUUCUGAGGAUCUGUGUGCCCAGUGACCAAGACCCAGUUUCACAAAGACCCGUGGAAGGAAUGAACACACCCCAUGGCUUCCCCAUGUUCAUGGCCUUGCCUGAAUUCCACCAGUGCUUCAGCGAGUUGGUGGACAGCGAUGACAUGUUUGUGGGUGCUGAGAUAGUCCCCGCAAACGUGCCAUCAUAAUCCACGAUGGAUGGAGAUGUCCUAGAUGUUUGGGACAUAGUUAGCAUCGCGCUACCUAUACUAUAUGUAACAUGUGAUAUAAUGUACAUAAUACCUUAUCGUCUCUUCAGCACUGUAAGCUGGUAAUGAACUCAAUAUUUAGGACUUCAGUAACGGUAAAUAUUGUUCCAAAAGAAUCUCACC